AGCUGUGAAUGAGAUCAGACUUGGGCCCGCCUCCAGCUCCUACGUGUUCCUCUCACCUGCGCAUAGACUUCUGGGAAAUCGAGUCCAAGCUCUAAAUAUUUCAAGCUUCCAUUCUUUCUCUUCCACCGCUAACAAGAUGCCGGCCGUACAUCACAAACUGCUCCUUGAGGACGCUUUACAGGACAGUCCUCAGACACGCUCCUUGCUCAGUGUGUUUGAGGAAGAUGCUGGCAUGCUUACAGACUAUACCAACCAGCUGCUACAAUCGUUGCAGCGUGUGUUUGGAGCCCAGAGUGAGAUGGGGUUGGCCACAGAACAGCUCUCACAGCAGCUUCUGCAAUAUGAGAAGAAAAAUUUUGCCCUUGGAAAAGGUGAUGAAGAGGUAAUCGCCACACUGCAGAACUUUGCCAAAACUGUAGGGGAGCUGAACUCGCUCCACUCUGAGCUAGCCAACCAGAUGGCCGACAGCAUGGUCUUCCCCUUGAUCCAGUUUCGAGAGAAAGAUCUCACAGAGAUAAGCACACUGAAGGAAAUAUUUGGGAUCGCCACUGAUGAGCACGAGGCAGCUAUGGUCAAAUACAGCCGAUUGCCCAAGAAGAAGGAGAAUGAAAAGUCUGGGCAGCUAAAGUCAGACUUGGUGAAAGAGGUGGCCUACACUAGAAGGAAGCAGCACCAGGCCUCCCUGCAGUAUUACUGCGCCCUCAAUGCCCUGCAGUAUCGCAAGAGAAUAGCUAUGCUCGAACCUAUGCUAGGCUACACACAGGCACAGAUCAGCUUCUUCAAGAAAGGUGUUGAGCUGGUGUCAAAGAAGAUGGACAACUUUCUCUCCUCUGUGUCCAGCAUGACGCAAAAUAUCCAGGCCCAGCUGGAUGUGGAGGCAGAGGCCAUGCGUGGGUCCCAGAGGGAGCUUCUGUCUGUGGAGGACACUGUCUAUAUGCCAGAUAAGGACACUGAGCCUGUCAAUCGCACGCUUAUCCAGAAGGCUGGCUACCUCAACAUUAGGAAUAAAACAGGCCUAGUGACCACAGCUUGGGACCGACUCUACUUCUUCCCCCAGGGAGGGAACCUCAUGUGUCAGCCGCGGGGGGCGGUGGCGGGGGGCAUGGUGCUGGACCUGGAUAACAGCUCGGUUAUGGCUGUGGAGUGUGAGGACAGACGCUACUGUUUUCAGAUAACCUCCCCCUCAGGCAAAACGUCAAUGAUCCUACAAGCUGAGAGCAAAAGGGAAUAUGAAGAAUGGAUUUGCACUGUGAACAACAUCUCCAGACAGAUCUACCUGACUGACAACCCAGAGGCUGUUGCCAUCCGUCUGAACCAAACUGCCAUCCAGGCAGUCACACCCAUCACCAGUUUUGAGAAGAGACCUGAAGGCUCGCCCAACCCUGACAGAGCUAAGCCAGGAGGUAUACACACCACCAGCAGCGGUUCCCAGAAGACAGGGGCUGCCCCAGAGCCAGAGGACCUGAUAGCCCCUGGGACACCCAUUCAGUUUGACAUCAUGCUGCCAGCCUCCGAGUUUCAGGACCAGAACAGGGCCGGGGGAAGACGCACAAAUCCAUUUGGAGAAACGGACGAUGAAUGUUCAACAGAAAGUGACGACUCCCUUCUGCAGCAGGUAUUCGCCGUGCGCUUCCUGGGGUCAAUGGCAGUGCGCUGUGGCAAUAAUCAGGAGGUGAUCUAUGAGGCCAUGAGGCAGGUGCUGGCUGCCCGAGCCAUCCACAACAUAUUCAGGACUACAGAGUCUCACCUCAUGGUCACCAGCAGUAGCCUCAGGUUGAUUGACCCACAGACUCAAGUUACAAGAAUAAGCUUCCAGCUUGAAGAGGUAUGUCAGUUUGCAGCCCACCAGGAGAACGGGCGGCUGAUGGGAUUCGUGGUUGAGGGCAGAGACUGGAGUGACGGAAAUGAGGAAGGAGAGCCCUCAUUUUGCGCCUUUGUCUUUGAGAGCAACACGGAGGGCGAAAAGAUAUGUUACACCAUUAGCUUGGCGAAGGACAUUACAGAAGCUAAGAAGGACCCAGAGGCACUGGCCCAGCUGAUGAAAAACAUGCCUCUAACCAACGACGGCAAAUUCCUGCUGCUGGAGCCUGAGACGGGAGACACAACCAAUGGAGCAGGACAAGAAGACCUGGAGUCUGAGGCCUAGUCCGAGUUAGGACCACCCCCCCAACACACACACACGCAAAAAAAAAAAAAAAAAAAAAACAACAACCAGGGCUCGUGACCCCCUAGCCCCAACUAUGGUACUGUAACACCCAUAUUAGUCCAUUUACCCUGUGUUACUACAUCUGUUUUAUUUUUUUUUUUUGCUGUAAUGAAAAACGUUAGCAGGCGGUUGCCUGCACCAAAAAGCACAUGUCAUGGGCGUUCUAUUUGAUCUGUUUUUCUACAGUCAGACAAUUGCAUGGGUCUUUGGAUUUGUUUGUUUUUUUUUUUUACACCACUGUGGGUGGUACUUAUGACAAAAGGGACAGCACAUAGGUAUUGGCUGUGUUUUAUUGUCUUCUAAUAUCCCCAGCUAUCUACCAGAAAGUGGUGAAUAAUUUGCUUCAGUUUAGGUUUACAUUCAUUUCUAGGUUUACAAAGUUUGAAGUGUUUGGAGAAAACAUUGUUUUACACUUUAACUUGUAUGUAAGGCUCCUAUGCAACUACUUUGACAUUUAUUUCUUGUUUAUUCGUGUACAAAAAAGUAAUUGCACUUCCAAGGUUGAUCAUUUUUAAUAACGCUUGAUGGCUACAGAAGGCACUAAUUAAGGAAUUUGAAGGAUCUUAGACUGUUAGGACAGUGAUUUAAAAUAGUUUAAAAUAAUGUCCGUUCCUGCUGCAUUGCUCGUUAUUAUUGGUACUCUGUGUGAGCAUGUGUCUUGAAGCAGUGGACACAGUUGGCGCAAGUGAUUAAAUGUUUGUUCUUUCUGCACUCUUGCCACUACAAGGUUACACAGACAUGGCAUCCCGACUAUCUUAAGCAUUCCCACUAAACCGAAUUAAUGUAAUUUUACAUUAUUUUUACUACCUGUAAGAAAACAUGUAUUAAGAUGAUCAGUAUGGGAGGUCCUCCUUGAGCAGGUUGAAUAUUGUUUUGCGCUCAGUUUCUUGAAAGCCUAUAUGUCCUGUCUGAGUGUCUAUAUGUUUAAUCAGAGUUGGCCAUAUUAAAAGCUUUCAGAGCCAAUAUGCUAGGACUGAUGCUGUGCAUGAUUAAAUAUUGGAAUUCUCUCUCAGUCCCUUUGCAAAAGAUUAAUACCUCCACACUGAGCAGUAGUACUAAAGAAAUAAAGUGAAAUGUUACAGUAGUGCAUCGGCAGACCACAGUGGGGUAUUGUGUACUCAUUGAAAAGCCAUUUGUUCUUUGCAUUUACAUACGAAUAAUAAUCAGAACAGAAAAACUUAAGGGAAGGCGACUGAUCUGUGAAAUUCUGCCUUCCCUCUGGAUUCCAGUGCAGUUUAAUACCAUUCCAGCCCAUUCGAGCUUUAACACUAAUCUAAAUGGACAGUGGAAGCCCAUGGUGCACUGUGUGAAUGUAAUAAGUUUUUUACCGUGUAAUACAGACGGGGUCAAAACCACUGACUUGACGUUGAUCGUGAAAGUUACAUUGUGUUGACCAGUGCGCUUGCUUGCUUUUUCUACUCUACAUCAGAGCUCUUGGCAGAAACAUAGCCUAUGUUAAACAAGAAUAAAGAAUAAUGUGGAUAUUUUAGAACUGCCUCCUGUACUGGUGAAAUAAUUAGUUACAGUUAUGUGUGAUUGCUUGUGACACUAAUCAUUGUAAUUAAAGUAAAAAGUUUUGACAAAUCUGGGGAAAUGCGCUUAUUCACUAUUUUGGAGAAUUCUAUAAAAAGUGUGAUACCAAUAUGAAGCUACAGCCAGUUAGCUCAGCACAAAAAGUGGAAACGACUGUCAAGUGGUACCAAAAUCCAUUUAACCGCACAUCUCAAUAUCACUAAUUAACACUUCUUCAUUUGUUUAAUCUGUACAAAAAAGUGUAAACUUUUUCUUGGCUGGUUGCCUGGCAACUGGCAACCAAGAAAUAGUCUGGCACAAAAGAGAAACAUUAAUUGGUGCACAUUAGAGGUGCUAGUACGUGGAUUUUGUUACCACUUUACAGAAGCAGGCUAGCUGUUAAACCCCCUUUUCCAGUCUUUGUGCUAAGCUAACAGACGGCUGGCUGUAGCCUUACAUUUAAGGAACAAAUAUUAAGGUGGUAUCAGUCUUUAACUCUAUCAGAAAGCGACUAAGUAUUUCUUUAAAGUCUGUCUUUAGCUUUAAAUCAUAGAGGUUAACCAUUUUUCUUUCUGUUGCCUGAUGUACAUGUGUAUCGGCUGGUCUUCUGACGCUAGAAAGAAAAUUCUGUCCAUCCAAUAGACUUGUACCCUCCUUCCUCUGGUGCUGGUUGAAUUGCUUCAAUCAUACCCAUACCAUCAAUAAAACUACAGUAAUGCAUCCAAA